AAGACUUUAAUCUCCAUGCAUUUACAGUUCGUUUGUGGAUCUGCAAUCAGAAUGAAAGCCGCCUUCAUCCUCCUUGUGUGUCUCCCCUUCUUGUUCGCCGGACCGGCGGAGGAAGCCGCGCUUAAGGCGUACAAAAGAAUGACUCCUGAAGAAAGGCUUUCAGUCCACCAGGCUGUUGAUUCUAUCAAGCACUGGUUCGCCAGCCACGGAACUGCUCUCUCUGCUGGAUCCUGUAGCAUUGUGUGCGCUUCCGCCACCGCUCUGGAAACCAUGGGGAUGUCAGCUCCAAUCUGCGCUGCAGCAUGUGCUUUGAUCGGACUCAUUGGCUAAGAACAAAAUAAACAAUUACAAAACAUU